AUGGCGAGGGAUGACUAUGGAGGCGUGUUGCAGGAAAGUGAGGAGAUGCAAGCAGAUGGCGGAUAUUUUGGAUGCACAAGCGAGGAGCUGCAGACGCUGAUGAAAUCAAAGGGCGAGGGUGCCGGGAAAGAAUUGAAAGAAAAAUUUGGUGUAAUUGAGAAACUUUGUGAGGCACUUAAGACGUCAGUCACGCAAGGUCUAGAUCCCAGCAAUGUUUUUGAUAUGAAACGACGAAAACAACAUUUCGGAAGUAACGAAAUCGAACUUAAAAAACCAAGAAACUUUUUUUCAUUUGUGUACGAAGCGAUAAAGGAUCAGACGCUCAUCAUCCUCACCAUUGCCGCUUUUGUUUCCAUCGUCUUAGCCAUAUAUGAAAGCAUUUAUUCCGCAAAAAAAAACAACGUGAAUGCCUACGAAGAUUCAGAAAGUGGCUUGAUCGAAGGUCUCGGUAUUUCAGUAGCUGUGGUCAUUAUUGUCCUCGUGACCGCCGGCAUAAACUACAACAAAGAGAAACAAUUCAAUGGGCUGCAGAAGAAGUUGAACGAGCAGGUGAAGUGCUUCGUGCUGCGGGCUGGUAGGACCACUGAAAUAUCAGCCUUUGAUAUCCUUGUCGGAGAUAUUUGCAUCAUUAAAAUCGGUGAUGUCAUCCCAGCAGACGGCAUGAUCGUGAGGAGUGUGGACCUGCUAGUGGACGAGAGUUGCCACACCGGAGAGUCAGAUGAGGUGCACAAAGAUUCAGAGCACGACAGUAUUCUAUACUCUGGGACCCAUGUGAUAGAAGGAAGCGCGCACAUGUUGGCCCUUGCAGUUGGCGAGCACUCGCAGAAAGGAGCCAUAUAUUCCUUGCUGGGAGUCACUUACGACAGUAUAAAUAAGUCUGAACAAAAAAAGUCAAUUCUCCACUCCAAACUAUGUACAGUCACCAACUGCAUAACUAUCGGCGGCACUGUUAUUGCCCUGCUAACGUUUGCCAUCCUACUUAUCAGAUACUGCAUUCAGAACUUUUUAGUUCUUCACAAAGAAUGGAGCAUUGACCACUUCCAGAACAUCAUCAACUUCCUCAUCAUCGGCAUCACCAUCCUAGUCGUCGCCAUUCCAGAAGGUCUGCCUCUUGCCGUCAUCAUGGCACUCGCAUUCUCCAUUAAGAAAAUGAUGAGAGACAACAACUUAGUCCGACACCUUGAUUCAUGUGAGACAAUGGGCAGUGCCACCAUCAUCUGCUCAGACAAGACAGGCACGCUCACAACUAACAAGAUGACUGUUGGCUACUGCUUCGUUGCUGAUAAACCUGGUGCCCCGGAAGAUGUCGUGGUGGAACUUAAAGACGAACUGAAGGAGCUGAUUGCCAGAAGCGUGGCCUUCAAUCUCGGAGCCACAUCGCAAGUUACAGAAGAUGGCUUCAGUCAGACCGGCAACAAGACAGAAUGCGCCCUUCUUGGCUUCAUCAAACUUCUCGGCUGCAACGACGCUCAGCUCAUCAAAAAUGGCUCAGAAGCGUCAGUCAUCAAAGCUUAUUCAUUCAACUCGCAACGAAAGUGGAUGGGCACGGUGGUCACUGCUGCUUCUUUCCGCGGCAUCCAGGAAGGUGCACACGAUAGAAACCGCAAUGAAGCCACACUUGUUGUUAAAGGAGCGGCUGAAAUUGUUUUCAACUGUUGCUCUCACAUUAUGAACGAAAAUGGUGUGCCGGAAGUUCUAACCGAUUUGAAAAAAUCUGAAAUUGUUGAGAAAAACUUGAAUAAAAUGGCCGAAAAUGGGCUGAGGACUAUUUGUUUGGCUUACAAAGAGUUCACCAAUCUUCCUGAAUCUUGGAAUUGGAAUGAAGAAGAGAAAGUGAUGAACAACUUGACCUGCCUGGCGCUUGUUGGCAUUGAAGAUCCAGUGAGGCCUGAGAUGGCACUUGUUAACUUUACCGUGCAAUCUUUUAAGGUACCAAACGCCGUGGCUGAAUGUCGCCGAGCCGGUAUUGAUGUAAUCAUGGUGACAGGUGACCACUUGCUGACCGCUGUCUACGUAGCUAGCAAAUGUGGACUGGUGCAAGAUGUACACGAGAAGAAAGAUUUGCUCAGUUACGAGAAAAAGGUUAAAGUAAGCGAAAGUCCUGAAAACACUUUGAUGGUUACAGCUGCUGAGUUCAACAAGAUGGUUCUAGAUAAGAAUGGAAACAUUGACCAACCAAGUUUCGACAACGUGUGGCCACGCUUGCGAGUGUUGGCCAGGGCGACACCGCACGACAAGUUCAUGCUGGUCAGUGGUUUGAUGAACAGCCGGACAGCCUCGCAGAAGCAAAUUGUGGCAGUUACGGGCGAUGGUACUAAUGAUGGCCCGGCUCUGAAGAAGGCUCACGUCGGUCUCUGCAUGGGUAUCUCAGGGACUGAAGUGGCGAAGGAAGCGUCAGACAUCAUUUUACUCGAUGACAACUUCACGUCAAUUGUUCGGGCUGUUGUCUGGGGUAGACAUGUCCAUGAUAGCAUCGCCAAGUUCAUACAGUUCCAACUGACCGUCAACCUGGACUCGCCCAUUCGGGGCGUACAAAUGUUGUGGGUGAACUUGCUGAUGGAUACUCUGGCAUCUCUGUCGCUGGCAGCAGAAGAACCAGCGUGCGACCUGCUGAAGAGGAAACCUUACCAAUCCGAGGACUCCAUCGUCAGUGGCGUCAUGCUGUCCAAGAUCGUUGGACAUGCAUGCUACCAACUCGCUAUUCUCCUUCUUAUUUUAUGCUUUGGUUACAGAUGGGUGGGUGUGGAUGCCGGGUUCUCAUCAUCCUCGUACGGCAGAGCCAACAUUCACUACACUUUCCUGUUCAACACGUUGGUGCUGAUGACUCUAUUCAACGAGAUCAACUGCAGAAAGAUUGACACGAGUUUCAACGUCUUCAGUGGUCUUCACAGGAGUCUCCUUUUUGUCAUCAUUUGGACCAUGUCCUUUGCCGUCCAGGUUAUAAUUGUUGAGUUUGGAGGUUCCUUGUUCAGCACCCACCCACUUCCUCCAAUACUCUGGGCCGUCUCUUUGCUGCUCGGAGCCAGCCAGCUCAUCUUCGGAUUGAUUCUAACGACCACAUUGCGAAUAGUGUCGAAAAUCUGGAAAAAAUACCGUACCAGCUCCAAGACAGAGUACAACACAAUGAGCUGCUGAGAGCGCGCUCGGAAGCAUUUGUAACUAGCAAAUGCCAUAUUAUCAAUUUUGGUUAAUCGAAAAUAAUAUUCCUUAAAAUAAAAUAUGGUUUAAGUAGGAAUGGUUAUUGUAAAAUUAAAAAUAAGAAAUUGUUAUCAUUACUACAAACAUAUUUUCAUCGAUCUGUCAUAAUAUCAACGGAAUCAACAAGUUUUUUUAGAAUUUCUUUCUCACGUUCGAACAAAAUUUUUAAAAGUUUAAAUAUUCUUCUACUUAUUUAUUUAUUCGUAUGU